AUGCAGUAUCUGUCGGUGAUUAUACUAUAUCACCUUAUUUCUAUUAUUACUCCAAUUCAGUUAUUAGAUGAAACUGACAAUUUUCAAAAUGAUCAAGUAAAUGGUGAUCCUAUUCUUAUCCAAAUAUCUUGGACUAUACAUGACUAUAAUCUUCAUACUAUUCCAACUUUACAAGUCGUCACUAAUCCUCUUUUGUCUCGACAAUUUUCACCUGUUCACAAACAAAUCUUUGCUAGUCUGAAACAACUCAAUGCUGAAUAUGCUCGUUAUGCUGCUUGGUUUCCUUAUCCAAAAUUAG